UUAAAUGUCUACAUUUGACAAUCCGGCGUUAACAUAGCAGACAACACAACAUACUUUUCAUUAGCUUGUAGUUACCAUGUCACAUUGACAUAAUGUAAAUUUGAUGAGUCACAGAAUAAAGAUACGUGAAUUUGUACUUAAAUAAGCAAAGUAACAUUACAACACUGAAAUAAUAAUGGCACUCACUGCAACUUUAAAUUAACGUGCAAGAAUUGGUCUAAAUAGUUUGGUUUGAGGUCGAGGUAUUUAUUUACUUACUAUCGAAGUAAAGUGUAAAUAGAAAGAUUAUCUGAGGGUAGUGAUUGUGACACUGUUAUGAUAAUUGAGGGAUAAACCGUUUUUUGGUGUCAAAUGACGCAACCACAGAACCGAAAGCAAGAGUGCCGCAAACUGAUUUCAGUAGAAAACUAAAAACAUCGCUAACACGAUGCCUCACGCUGUCAGUACACCGUGUCACUCAACUAUUUAUCCUCAAUAAAAUGGCGAGUGGACAGCUGUCGAGGGAAGAGGCGUUGGCGUGUUCGGGCUACAGGCACGCGUGCCAUGUGAUGCUCUACUCUGACACUAAAACUCAACUGUUUGGGAAAAUACCGAUCAGACACAUCGUACUGAUGCAGAUGCGUUAUGACGGUCUGCUGGGUUUCCCCGGCGGGCUUGUCAACCCAUCAAAAGAAACGCUGGAGGCGGGCCUUACGAGGGAGUUGUUGGAGGAGGUGGGUGUGGCUGUCCCCGUAUCAGAAGAAGACCUCGUGGCCUCCCGCUACGCUCCUGCUCCUUUCGUCUUCUCCUCCUCCUCCUCCUCCCCCUACCGUCUCAUCACUCACUUCUAUGUGAAGAAGAUGGAGGAGGAGCAGAUCAGGGAGGUGGAGAGAGCCGCCGUGUCCACGGCAACAGAUCACGGACUGGAGGUUCUGGGAAUGGUCAGAGUUCCGCUCUACACCACAAAAAGCAAAGGAGGCCUCGGGUCCUUCCUGACGCACUCGUUCAUCGGUAACUCUCGCUCCCAGCUCGUCGACUCUGUGCUGCGCCUGAACAUGGUCUCUGCCGAGGAGCUGCACAGAGCCCUGACGCACUCUCUGAAGACAUACUCACACACGGCAGGAGACCUGAGAGCAGCGCUAGCACUGACAGAGGCGCAGAGGAAGCCGCGUUGAACCACACACACAUAUCAAUGUAUUGCACAGCUUUUCUUCUAACGUAACCAGUUCUAUCCCUAACAAUAACCACAAUUCAAGUCUUAGUCCUGAACCAGCUCCCCAGAAAUGAGGUUCUGCCUCAUUAGGACCAGAUUUCGGUCUCCAAUGGGGGC